GGCCCCACACCAACCACGUCAGGGCAGCCGCCUCCUCCUCCCUCAUCGGUCUCCUCUCCCCCGUUCCUCCUCUCCACGACUCCACCCCUCCCGACUCCGCCUCCGCCGCCGCUUCCGAUCCGCGGCGGCAGCCGGAGCUCGGAGAGAGACAGGCCACCCGCCGCCCCCCCCUCCUCGCCUUCCCUGUGCGGCCUCGUUCGCCGGUGCGACGCGCCAUCCCGGUCCGCAUCGGGCUCAAAGGCAAAGGUUACUGAUGGAUCAUGAUAGAUCUAGAAGGCAUAAAUCAAAUACUUCCAGAAAAAGGCCACAUUUCAAUUCUGAUGACGGAAAGAGGAAACGGCUAAACUCAAGGCACGAUGAUGGAACCAUAUCUUCUGAGCCAAUAGAAACCAUUUACAGGAUACUGUGUCCGGUUAAAAAGAUUGGCAGUGUCUUGGGAAGAGGCGGUGAUAUUGUUAAGGCACUAAGAGACACAACUAAAGCAAAGAUAAGGGUCGCUGAUUCCAUUCCUGGUGCAGAUGAGAGAGUAAUUAUUAUCUUUAACUACUCAAGUCAGACUGAAGAAGCUGCUCAAAAUAUUUCUACUGAUGGAUUUGAGGACAUGAAGCCUCAUUGUUUUGCCCAAGAUGCCCUGUUGAAGAUACAUGACAAAAUUGCAGCAGAUGAAGAUCUCCAUGCUGGAAUUGUUCAUGAAAAGUCUGAAAAUGUUGAUGAUGUAAUUGCUCGAAUUUUGGUUCCAGGAAAUCAAGUUGGCUGUCUUCUAGGAAAAGGUGGCUCCAUUAUACAACAGCUACGAAAUGACACUGGAGCAGGGAUCCGUGUCUUACCAUCUGAAAAUCUUCCUCAGUGUGCACUUAAAAGUGAUGAAUUGGUGCAGAUAUCUGGAUCUUCUUCCCUUGUAAGAAAAGCUCUCUAUGAAAUAUCUACUCGUCUGCAUCAACAUCCUCGUAAAGACAAUCCACCUCUGGAAGAAAUUAUAGAUGCAAGCACACAAAGGAAGCAUCAGGCUCCACCACAAUUACCACAUGCAAAUCCAAUGUUGCCACACCUGCAUGUGGAUCACUCACCACAAAUACCCUUGCUUGAUCCAUAUAGAAACAGGCCACUGCAGUAUCAUUCUGCUGAAGCUGAAGAGUUCUCUAUUAAAAUUCUGUGUGCUUCUGAACACAUUGGUCAAGUUAUUGGGAAAAGUGGUGGCAAUGUUCGGCAAGUCGAACAGCAGACAGGUGCUUGCGUUCAGGUUAAAGAAGUUGGCAAAAAUGCUUCUGAAGAAAGGUUAAUUGUUGUUUCAUCUCAGGAGAUUCCAGAUGAUCCAGUGUCUCCAACAAUUGAGGCGCUUAUUUUGCUCCAUAGUAAAGUAAGUACACUUGCUGAGAAUCACCACUUGACGACACGGCUUGUUGUACCAUCAAACAAAGUUGGUUGUAUUAUUGGGGAAGGUGGAAAGGUAAUUACUGAAAUGAGAAGACGGACUGGGGCUGAAAUCCGAGUCUACUCAAAAGCAGAUAAACCUAAGUACUUGUCUUUUGAUGAGGAGCUUGUGCAGGUUGCUGGGCUUCCAGCUAUUGCAAGAGGAGCCCUGACAGAGAUUGCUUCGAGGCUUAGAACUAGGACACUCAGAGAUGGAAGUUCUUCCAAUAAUCCGACACCUUUUGCCCCUUUUGAUGGUCCUCCUGUUGAUAUCUUGCCUAACAGGGAAUUCAUGCUAUAUGGACGAUCUGCCAAUAGUCCCCCAUAUGGAGGGCCUCCUAAUGAUCCACCAUAUGGAAGACCUGCCAUUGAUCCACCAUAUGGAAGACCUGCCAUUGAUCCACCAUAUGGAAGACCAGCCAUUGAUCCACCAUAUAGAAGACCUGCCAAUGAUACAUCAUAUGGAGGGUUGAACAAUGAUGGGCCUCGUGAUCCUUACACUGCGUAUCCUGUAGAGUACUUCUCUAAAAGAGAGUACCCUAGUGGAAAUAGCAAAGUUACACCAUCUGCUUCAUACGACAGAUAUGCAGCAACUACUCGCUUGCCUAAUAGAGAACUGCCCUCAUCUAUUAGUCCUGGUGCCGAUUAUAUGUCCCGCCGUUCUUAUCUUGACCAAGUACCUACUGAUAGGUACUCUAGUAGGGGUACACUACAAUUAGGCCUCUCGAGAGCUGGGAAUAGUAAUGUGCAACAAUUAGGAAUCACCAGAGCUGGAAAUUCCAAUGCUUAUGAUUAUACCGAGGCCGCUGAGCAGAUCCAUGGACGUGAGGAUUACCGAAGACUGUCAGGUCUCACUGGGUAUCCAGGUGGCUCCGUCGAAUUUCGGAUUCCAAAUAGUUAUCUGGAAUCUGUCAUUGGAGCUGGUGGUGUCAAUCUAGCUGAGAUCCGUCAGAUCUCUGGCGCGAGAGUGAAGUUGCACGAAGCCCAUCCCGGUUCUUCCGAGUCCAUUGUGGAGAUCCAGGGCAUUCCGGAUCAAGUGAAAGCCGCACAGAGCCUUCUGCAAGGCUUCAUCGGCGCAAGCAGCAACAGCAGGCAGGCGCCCCAGUCCUCUCGCAUGGCCCAUUAUUUUUAGUAAGCUGGAGGACAUUCGCAACAGGGGGGUCACUGCACAGCUGAGUUUGUUCUUCAGUUCAACUGCAGAAAAUUGCGGAUCGGUUGCCAUAGUUGCUAGAACGGUACAUAGAUGCCACCUAACUGUAGUGAGCGGCAUAACUUUCAUAUUGUGUUUAUCGACUAUCUAGUUGAUUUUAGCGGCAAAAGCUGUACUGCCCAAUGUUGUCUCUCCUUUUGUUCAUGGAUUCAGACUUGUGACUUGAUUACUUGUAGUCCUUCAUGGAUCAGACUGGAGUAAAAAAAGAAAGAAGACAUGGGUUUAACAGGAAGCUCAAAACGGUGACAGUAGUAAAAUAAAAAGGGUUUGUUCA